GUGAAUAAAUUUUCUAAUUUCUGAAUUGUGAAUGGUAGUUAGUGUUUUCAAAGAGUUGACGUGGUUCUCGUCUACACAAGCUGUGUGCGCAAGCCGGCUAAGUGCGAACACAUAACCCAUAAAACAAUACAAGGAUGCGAAAACCGUAUCUUAUUUGUUUUACAUUUGGUUUAUUUUUAUUUGGAGUGGCUGGAAAUGAUCCUAAAACUAAGGAAGCUUUACGGACACAUAAAUAUCCACCAUGUAAAUUAUGUCGUGUCGUUGUCGAAUCAUUCCAAAAGGGAAUGGAACGAACAGCUAGAGGAAAAUUUGAAGGAGGUGAUACUGAUUGGGAAGAAAAGAAGUUAGGAUCAUAUAUGGAUAGUGAAGUUCGUUUAGUGGAAAUUCAAGAAGGAUUAUGUCGAGAUUUGGAUCGGGGUGAGGAUCAGUGUCACGAUUUUGCUGGACAAUAUGAAAGUGUUAUGGAAUCUUGGUGGUUUAACAAAGAAUAUCGUGAGAAAGGUUUAGACACAUAUAUGUGUAUAGAAGAAGUGAAAGUUUGUUGCCCAAAUGGACAUUAUGGACCAGAAUGUUUACCAUGCAACGGUUAUCCAGAUAACAUUUGCACAAACAAUGGUAAAUGUAAGGGAAAUGGUACACGUAAGGGUAAUGGUUUGUGCGCAUGCGAUGCAGGCUACACUGGUGAAAUAUGCAACGAAUGCAACAAGGGAUACUUCCAAGUUUACAAAGAUGACCAUAAAGUUAUUUGUGAUAAAUGCCAUGAAUCGUGUAAAUUAACGUGCAAAGAAGGUGGACCUCGAGGCUGUGACGAAUGCUCAACUGGUUGGUAUCAUUCUGAUAAAGGUUGUAUCGAUAUUAAUGAAUGUGUGAAACAGCCUGAUAUUUGUGAACGGAACCAAUUUUGUGUGAAUUCACCAGGAUCUUAUAAGUGUCUCAAUUGUGACCCAUCUUGUGAAACAUGUUCGGGUGAUGGUCCCGAUAUGUGUGAUAAAUGUGCAUCUGGAUAUCGUAUGGAAAAUAAUUUUUGUAUUGAGAAAUCAAAAGUUGAUCGAGCUCAAUAUGUGAAUUUAACGCGAUAUUUAACAUAUUUGGGAUUAUGUUUAGCGACAUGCAUUAUUUUCCAACGAAGUAUGUUGUUCGCUAGCAUAAUUGGCUUAGCUGUGGGUCUUUAUAUUUCAGUUGCUGAAUACAUGCUAGCAAACGAAAAUCAUACAGGAAUCAAUCCAGCAAUUCCAAUUAAUGAUACAUUCGCAGCAUUAGAUGAUUUAUAUAAAUAAUUUUGGUAUUGAUUUUUAAACCUUCGUCCAUCACCUAAAUUAAAUACGACGCUCUGAUCUAUUACGCGACCGAAGUCUGGUAAUUGAUUUCGAGAGCAGCGUUGUCAGAUCGAAUCAACGUUGUCAAGUUAACUGUAGAUCCAUCUAUGUUUUAAUAUUUGAACCAUAUCGAAUUAUAAUUUAUAAAUAAACUAUUCGAUUUCUACUUUGAGGUUACGUUAAGGUAAUUAAUAUUUUUAUUAAUGACUUUGGGGAAAUUUCAUGUGAUGGACAAAGGUUUAAAUAAAUGACCCCAUUUAGAUUUAAUUUCUACCUCAUUUCAAUUCAUUACCAAAUUUUUAUACACAAGCUCCAAAUUUUGGAUGAUACCAAAGGUAAUCUAAAUGGUAAGAAUGUAAGCGAAAACAUUUCGUUUUAGAUAUAAUUAGAGAAAUUUGUAUGAAAGUUGUACAAAAAUUUGCCAUUUUUUGUUUGUUUUGUUUAUGGAGGAUAGUGGUAAGAGAUUUUAAUGUAUCAAAAAGUGUCCAUUGGCGCUGCUGUAGCAAAAGUUUUAAAAGAAUUGCUCAAAUUAAUAAGAGUAGGAUAGAGAUCUAAACAAGUCAUUUGCUACUCAAGCGCCAUUCUGGUAAAUUUUAGAACUAGUAUUUAAUGUUUUCAAUUGGACACUUUUGUACUUUAACCCCUAUUUAAGAUGAUCCUCCUUACCUCUACCCUCUAUAGUUGUUUUUUUAAACUUAAAAGUACAGGGUGGGUCUAAAUUGAUUAAUAUUACGUAAUAUUAAUCAAAAUUGAUUUUUUACUCUUCAAAAAGUUUUAUCUGAAUUUAAAUUCAAGUUCUUAAUUUGUUUCAUCUGAAAAUUCGGGUCUUUUAGAAGCUACACGAAAUGAUGACAAAAAAUGUGUCCCACUUGAUGUAUAAUUUAAAAUAGAGCUCUUUAAAGUGGUUUUUUGACGACAUUCCAAAACUACUUACCUCUUCGUGAAAUAAAACCGAUUUUUGUGUGAAUUGAAUCCGAAUUACUGGAGUUAUAAAUGCAGAUGUAACUUUUUGGAUACGUGAUUCGUAUUAAGGAGUAGUAUAAUUUUUUUCUUGGGGAAAACAAAGCAAUUCUUUUGUAUU